GAGUGUCGCAAAUAUCCGUUCAAUCGAGGAUCCAACUACUACUUCUCAAACGUCUAUCUAUUCAAAUCGACCGCUCGAAUUUAAUAUACUAUCACCUUCUUCCUAUAGUCACGAUGGCAUCGGUAUCGCAAUCUCAGACCAACGGGGUGCCAUCAUCCUCGGCAGCAGGCCCGUCGCAACCUGCUUCGCAGCCAACCCAGAACACCGCAACCAGCGGAUCGACUACCGUACCAAACACACAAGCGACCAACGCCUCGACAGCAAUCGGAGCAGGCAGUAAUAACACGCAAGCAGGCGUGUCCCAAACUCCUCCCUCCCCGUCGCCCUCCCACGCUCCUCGGCCACGCGACGCCCGCACAAUCGAGCUACUCCUGACCUCCCAAGGCGUCACAUCUUUCGACCAGCGCGUGCCCCUACUCCUCCUUGACUUCGCCUACCGACACACGUCGUCCGUGCUCUCCGACGCGCUACACCUGUCCACAGAUCCGUACACCACACACGCAGGAUCCAAGCCCAGCGCCGCGUCAGGCGCGGCCCCCAGCGCCCCGAGUGCCGGUGAAGCCGCUGUUACCACCAACGCCAUCAACCUAGCCAUCGCGUCGCGACAAUCCUUCCAGUUCCGCGGCGCGUCCGGCGGCACGGGCGCGAGCAAGGAGUGGAUGCAGGAAGUAGCGCGAGACCGCAAUAAGAUCGCCUUGCCGCGUGUCCUCGCCAACGAGUGGGGUGUGCGUCUCCCCAACGAGCGCUUCGUCCUGAGCGGCAUGGGCUGGAGCCUCCGCGACCAGUGGACCGAGGAGGACGACGGUGAUAGCGAUGAGGAUGAGGAGAUGGAGGACGCUGAUGCCCAGAAGCAAACGAACGCUACUACCGGGGAAGAGGGUGGCUUGGAGGAGCUACUUGGCAAUGACAUGGGUGAUAUGGGUGAUGAGGAUAUGGAGGGAAUGGAGUGAUCGAUCGACUACAUUCUACGAAACUCUACCGGUAGCACAUCGCGGCCAGUCUUUUACAGCAGAAGAUGGUGUGCGACCACAACUUUUAUUCGAUAGAAACCAUGGAUAACGGCGUUACGGCGUUGGGUAAAAAGUGCUGCAACGGAUUCAGCGCGUUGCGCGACGAUACAAUUUAAUUUUUCUUGCGCAUACAAUACGUCUUUAAGGAUGCUUGGGCUGGAUGGGAUAUACUAGUAUAACGCACACAUUGCAUAAACCCGUUAGAACAGUUCUAUGGGUUUGAGUUGAGAAAAGCGUACGAUAUAUGAAGGUGGUCUAUUUGCUACAAGUCGCUAGCAACGCGUCGAGGACUAGCUAGGACGGUCAA